AGCGGGCGGGCGCAGUAAAGGCGGUGCAACCGAGGGGAGCGGGGCUCAGCCGGGCCGCUGGCGGGCUGCGGGGUGCCGGCUGGUCUCCCCCGGCGUUGCUUUGCCCAUGGGGCAGCCACGCCGAGGCCUUGGGAUCCCCUCGUCCGCCGUCAGGACGUGCCCUGGGGCGGAAAAAAAGUUGCUGUAGAAGCUGCUUAAUAGCAAUAAAGAGCACCCAAACAUUGCUUCAGAGAAAGAGGAAAUCUGCCAGAAGUCAAAGACUACCCUGAACAGGAUUGAAGAAUUUAGACCAUCUGUCUGUGCAUUCCCAGGUUGUUUUCAUGAUCCCAGUGAUGUUGGGAUCAUCCUGAGAUGAGACACCAGUAGCUGGGGCUGGCCCUGCUGCCAGGGUUCCUUGCCCCAGGACAAUGAGGAGCCGUCUGCCAGCCUAACUGGACGAUUUUGUGGCAGCGCUUGGUUUUUUUCCCAAGCCUUGUGAAAUUUCAUGUGACGGUGGAGCUGCUUCCCGCACCCGCCUUGUACCACCUCGCAGCCAAGGGCUUGGUGGUGGAGGGUCACCACCAUGGCAGCAAAGCAGCCCCCGCCGCUGAUGAAGAAGCACAGCCAGACUGACCUGGUGAGCAGGCUGAAGACACGCAAGAUUCUGGGGGUUGGCGGGGAGGACGAUGACGGCGAGGUCCAUCGCUCAAAGAUUAGCCAAGUACUGGGAAAUGAAAUCAAGUUUGCUGUCCGGGAACCACUGGGGCUCAGGGUCUGGCAGCUGCUUUCUGCCGUCAUGUUUUCCGGUGUCGCUAUCAUGGCCCUUGCUUUCCCUGACCAGCUCUACGAUGCUGUCUUUGAUGAGGAAUCGGUGAGCAGCAAGACUCCCAUCCGGCUCUAUGGAGGAGCCCUCCUCAGUAUCUCACUCAUCAUGUGGAACGCCCUCUACACUGCUGAAAAAGUAAUUAUCCGCUGGACCCUACUGAUGGAGGCAUGCUACUUCGCUGUGCAGUUCCUGGUUACCACUGUCUCCCUGGUUGAGAGUAGCCGGACAGCCACAGGUGCCAUGCUCCUCCUGGUCAGCCGAGCCCUCUUCAUCCUCAUCAGCAUUUAUUAUUAUUACCAAGUUGGACGCCGUCCCAAGAAGGUCUAAUUCCUGGGCUUUUUGUCAUGGGUAGGGUGGGAGGGGGGGUUUGUGUUGGUAACUUUGCAAUAUAAUUAUAACUUUUUUUGUUAGUCCCUUUUGGUUCUGAAGUGGUUUCCUUCUUUUCCAUUUACCGGCAUGAAUCAGUUACACACCCAGUGCUGGUGGCAUUGCCAGGUGAAAUGGAGGGGAGCAGCGUCAGGGGUGGGACCCCCCAGCCCCUCUGCAGGAGGUGAGGAGCAGCAGGAGGAAGGCUCAGGGAGGUGUGCAGGCCUGGCAGGCUCAGGGAGAAGAACCAGUUUCCCAGGGGAAAACUGGUCAAUGGGAUCACAGGCUCUGAACCCGCUGGAAUAAAGCAGAAAAUAAGACCAGUACAUGGAAACCAAAUCCCUGAGGAGACAGGGUGAAGGACUCAGCUACUCCCCUUGGUGAGCCUUGUACCUGUCUGGUGGAGUGUGCCCUUGUGUACAGCUUGUUCCCCUUUUAGCAAGUACUGACUGUCCAGGUAACUGGGAGCUGGAUGGGGCUAGGUCUAGUUUAGUGCUUUGCAAAUGGCUCGUCUUCCCUCACUGCCAGAGGUGCCACCCCAUUUGUAGUUUUGCACCAGGUGCUGUACAAAGCUUGGCAGGAGAUAGAGCAAAAGAAGAGGGAGGCUUCUUGCUUGUUCCUUUUGCAGGGGCAGCAAUGGGAACAACAGAUCAGCUUGAACUAUAAUAUGUAAGAAGUGAAGGAAGCUUUUGGAAAAAGCCGGUUGAGCACAAAGACAUUCCCUUGCUUGGAUGUUUUGUGACGUUUCUAGGCUGGGGUCCUGUCCUUUCACACCAGAACACUUCUUACAGUUACAGCAGUGGUGGGUGUGAGGUAGCAUCUGAUUCUUUAGUUAAGCAAGGGCAAGAGUGCUCCUUUAGUUAGUGCUAGUGAGAGCAGAGUGAGCAUCAGCACAGCUGCUUGGGUCAGUGAGCAGCCUCUAGAGAUGAGUCCCAGCUGUGUCAGAUAAUGUUACAGGUCUGCUAGUGUGCAGGCAUCACAGCUGUUCUGACUUCGAGACAAGAGGACCAAAGUUUGUAGCAUUAAGAUACUUAACUGGGAUCAAGAACAGCAAGGAGUAAGGGGGUAUGAAGGUGUCAUUGCUUCCUCUAGCUCAGUCAAGAAAGGUCUAAAUGUGCUUUAGUACUUACUUACUGAGAAGUUUCUCCAACACCUCCUGGGCUUAACAGCAUUUGCUGCCCUACUUCCUAGUGCUUUUUUUGCAGAUUAUCCCUCUCCACAGCUGGAGGCAGCAUUUUUUGUUCUCCAUGGGACUAAAGCCAGAAGGUCUGUGUACAGGAUAUGCACUCCUUACUCAUGCGCUACUGUUGACUGGAUCAAAGCGUGCCCUGGAAUAGAGCUGACAUCCCAAAAAUCCCAGUAGAAAUAUGCCUACACGAACAGAAGUGCUUGUGUGAACAACAGCCCUCAAGUCACUGGUGAGACUGGGAUCUAUGGCUAUUGCUAUUUAAUAGCUUAGUAGAGUUAGAAGAAGGUAGUGGGUAGUUACUCUAUGUUGUGUUAGUGCUUUUGGCGUUAGAAGCAGCUGCAUAAACUUGGGACACUGUGUGCAUUGUACUUACUGGCUGUGCAAAAUGUCUGUCAGGUAAGGAUAUUGGAUAUAGUUGAACUGGGAAACAUCAACUGUAAAUUUUUUUUUUCCCUAAGUAGUAAAUCAAAUGGAGAGGCAAUAUCUAACAGCAGGCUAAAUUCUAGAGCCUCCUAACAACACAUGCCUGCCAAGCUGCUUUCAACAUGUCCAAAAUAUGAUACUAAACUAAAACAUACAUUUAAGAGGAGCCUUCCUGUUCAGGUGGAAGAGUUGAGCUCCAAGAGGGAAACCUUUUCCCUGUGAGGCUGGAAAUGAUCAAGUGCAGCCUGGAGCAUAUCACAAAUUAGACCAAGUGGUGCUGGGGCAGAGGGGGACUGGAGUGUGGCACACUGUGGCUGGUGCUCUUACCCUGCACAGGCAGCUGCAGUGGCUGUAGCUGUUGGUAUAGGUACAUGUGUUUAGGGGGGUCGAAUGUAUACACACACUGAUUCUUGGUCUUGGUGGGGGGGGUGGGAAACAGUGUUUCUAGGAAAGACAAAUAAAACUGACCACAGCAAAAGCAUUCUUGCAGAAGAAGGAAAUGGAUGUUUUCUUAAUGCUGUCCUCCCAUCUGUGUUGGCCACAGGUCCUAGGAACUUAGUUAUGACUCUGGGUCUGUAGAUGGCUGCUUGAUUAGUGUACCUUAAAAUGUCAUCCAGCAGGUGAGAGAAAUGAGUUACUGCCCUAUGUGAGAGCAGUUCCCUGAAGACUUCUUGAUCAGGUAGGAAGGUGAGGGAAGCAGUUACAGCCUUCCAAAGGAGCUUUAAAUCAGGUGAAGUCAGAAUCCUCUGGUUCCCCUGCUUAGCAGCUGCCUCUGCAAAAAUUAAAACAGUGAGCCACUUCUAGUUUUGCCAGUAAAUGUUGUCUUCUCCAACAUAGAGCAAAGCCUGGGGGAGUGGCCACAUAAGAGAGUUCAUGCUACUUGGUACUUAGUCCUGAAAGGGGAGAGAUGAAGUUGUUUUAUUUUCAUGCUUCUUGCUCCAUUUUGCUAUAAACGGACCAUGUAGAAAGUAUGCAAGUGGACUGGGGCGCUAUACCUCUACUACAACUGAGAUGGGGCAAAUGGAUGUCCCUGCCUGGCAAUGGCUACAAAAAAGGCUGUGGUGUUUGGCAUGGUGCUGCAGGAGAAACGUGGCCAGGCCCACUUGAGGUGAAGUUGUAGCAGGUGAGGUCUAGGAGGGAGUUUCUCCAGGUGCCUUGAGUAUGGAGCCCAGGCAGAGCAUCUGCAGUACUGCCAGAAACCAACUGUGGCUGGUUGUCUUCACUCUGUGAAUGGGGGGGAAGGGAGGAGGAUGCUGAAACUUUUCUACAGAACUGUGUUGCUAAGGAAAGAAGGGCUGGCAUCACAACUGCAGGUGGCAGUUGAGCAUAUAAUUUGGGUAUCAAAAGCCUGAGGCACCACUUCAGGCCCUGCUGCUGAUAUGCUGAGGAAAAAUCCAUUGCCACAGGCCUCAGUUUCCUUAUCUGUUAAACUGUGAGAAAGGCCAUGGACUGACAUAAUCUCCCAAGGGAGACUGCAGUGAAUUACCUGCAUUUGUAUCAUUGUGCAGGGUGGGUAGCUGUGUUCCCAAGAGAGUUGGGCUCUGAGCAGGCACAGGCCAGGACUAAGACUGGCCCCCUUUCUCUGCCAGAAAUGAACCCAAACUCUUGUGCUCAUAGAGCCCUUGCUUUUGAGGGUGAAGAAAGCCCAUCACUCACAUAACUCCCUACAGCGCCUUAUAUACACCUAACCAAUAUCUGGCAAACUGGAGCUGGUGACAAAGGAGAGGCUCUGUCUGUCCUAAGCUGGCCUCUCCUUUCUGGUCAAGGGUUUUUACUUGGGAGGGGUUGGGGGAGGGGCAGGGGAGAAUGGGACACUUCAGUUUAUACCUCAUUUUAGCUGCUGUACCUGAGUUUAUUCUUUCUCCUCUGGUAAGAAAGUGACUGUACUUAACACCAAGUAAAUAAUGAAAAUUAAAGCUGUUUCACUUCACUGUCA